AUGUCAGCCCCUGUCUCCAGCCCUCCAACGGGCGUCUUUGUCCCAGUCCCUACUUUCCUAAAGCCCGCCUCCGCAUCGUCAGGCCUGCAGCCUAAGGUUGACGUCGAGACACAAGUCAAGCACUCCGUUUUCCUGGCUAAGAAUGGCAUCCGCGGUCUGGUACUACUCGGCUCGACUGGAGAGGCCAUACAUCUGAACAAACAGGAGCGCUUCGACCUGAUCGCCGGGUGCAGGAAGGGCCUUGAUGAUGCAGGCUUCCCUGACUACCCCAUCAUGGCUGGAGUACUCACAAACGGCAUCGAUGAGACUCUGGAAUGGUUGCAGGACUACGCCAAAGCCGGUGCACAAUGGGGUCUUGUGCUCGUCCCGGGGUACUUUGGGGCGGCAGGCUCCCAGGCCAACAUUCAGGAGUGGUACACCAUCAUUGCAGACAACAGUCCCAUCCCCAUUCUGAUAUACAACUAUCCAGGUGUGACGAACAAUGUUCUAGUCGCCCCUGAAACAUACUCGGCUUUGGCUCAGCACCCGAAGAUUGUGGGAUGCAAAAUGUCUCAUGGCAAUGUGUCUUAUCACGUCCAAGUCUCCUUGGACCCAGCCAUUGACCACAACAAAUUCCGUGUAUACAGUGGGUUCGGACAGCAACUUGGACCCAUUGUGUUCUUCGGGGCAGCAGGAGUCAUCGACGGCUUGGCAGCCAUUUAUCCAAAGACCGUGGCCCGACUGAUGGACCUCGCCGAAAAGAGACCAAUCGAUCCUGACACGCUGGCCGAGGUGCAGAGGCUGCAGUACGUGGUUAGCAAAGCAGAGGAAUACAUAGGCAAGACCGGUAUCGUGGGUAUCAAGGAGGCCGUAUAUCGUGUCACAGGCAUGGGAAUUUUGGAGGGUGGUAGACUACCCCUGAAGGGAAAGUUGGCGGACGGAGAGUGGGAAAAGCUGAGGAAUUUGUAUCUGGCCGACGUCGAAAAGUCGGAGAGCAGUCUAUAG